UCAACUUAACUUGGAUCCUUCCAGUUUCCAUCCAUAUAGUGAAGACGAAUUCUAUCCGUAGCUAACCAAAAUGUCGUCAGAACCUAUCCUAAGCGGCAGCCAACUGACAGAAAAGAUAGAUAUUCUACGGAAAGAAGUGCUGACAUAUGAGCCAGGCAAGGUAUCAACGUGUGCAGAUCGAGUUGGAUUCCCAGAAAAUCUUUAUAUAGGGCUCUUCGGCCGGACGGGAUGCGGAAAGACGUCACUGAUCAAUUCACUCAAGUUUGCUGCCCAUGGCAAACUGCGACGAUCACAAUGGCAGCAGGCUGCGGGCCAGGAGAAGGCUGGAGGACACACCAUGUUCAGAAAGCUAGCUGAUAUUACCAAGAAGAUUUUUGUGAUCGACAACCGGGGUCUUGAUGAUCCAAAUACUGAAAAAGCGAUUGAAGAAAUAGCUGCACAACUAGAUGGAAAACGUGGUUAUUCCGAGUGUAUAGAGUGGCAGAGAGCCAGCGAUGAUCUCAAGGAUGAAGACCUGGAUCUGAGCGACCUCGAUUUCAAUUUGGGACAUCCAAUUGGCUGUGCUGCCUUUGUUUUCAGCGCCCGGCAUGACUUGGAUAGUAAUACUAAUGGACUAGCUGAGGUCAUUGAUUUCCUACAUGGCCAUCAGGGACGCUACCCGGUAGCUAUCAUAACUCAUGUUGAUACCGCAGAGAAGAACCACGUGGAGGAUCUCAAGACUGUCCUACGGGUCUCUGGAGUAAGCAGCAUUUUCGAAGUGGCAAACCUGACCACAGAGAAUUUUGUUUUGGAGGAGCCCUACCAGCACAGUCUGCUCUCUCUCCUGGAGCAGUGCAUGGCGGAAGGAGAUUCGACUCUCAUCUCAAAGCAUUACCAGCGCAAGGAGCAACAGCGCAAGAAGGAGAUUAAGAGUAGGCUGGAAGAGGUGAGACGAAAGCAAGAGGUACGAACAGUAGAAGGAUGUCGACAAACGGCAGAGAAGGAGCGCAUUGAGAGAGAGAAUCAGAUGAUAAGAGAGUUGAAGGAGCGAUUGAGCGGGAACGGGAACGGGCUGAGAAGCUGGAGAGAGAAAGGCGGAAGCAAGAGAAGGAUCGACGCUAUCAAGAAGCCAUUACAAGGGUAGAGGCCGAAAAGCAGGCGGAGGUCUGCCGAAUCAUGAAAUCUAAUAACAAUAGACGACGGUGGUUGUAAAAUAAUGUAAUGGAAGCUGUUAUCAUGUAAAGAAUAAUAUAUGAAUCUAAUGCCCGUUGUAAGAGAGACAUGAGGCAGUUUUCGCAACCGGCGACGAGGCCUUCUACAACGCUAAUCUUAGCGGGGGGUUGCACUCAUAGCGAAAAUUUCCGCGUAGCGUCCAAACCUACGACGGUAUUCAGCCUGAUUAGCGUCGGGUGUCGAGCUAGUACGGAGUGGCGAGCUAAUUUACAUACCCCGUAGU